UUUCCACUACCUGUCCGCUUAUUUUUCCCUCCGAUUGUACAUAUACUGGGGUGUAUGAACAUACACCAUCAUAUUUUUCCCACCACAUCGAAGUGAUGUCAUGAGUCUUCUGCUCGUGCCUGUGUGUCUAGUUCAGGGGUGAGUACGCGCCUGUAAGAUGGCAAUAUCCUCAGUGUCGUUUAAAGAAGGAUUCCACUUGUUACGAUUUCUAUGAAAUUUUUAUUCAGAAAUGACUGAAGUCAAGAAAGAUGAUGUCGUUAAGAUAUUACAUACGUAUCCUCUUUGUAGAAAAUGCGAUAUGUCGGAUGAAAUGAAGCAAGAAGCAAUGGAAUUGUGCGUCACCGCGGCAGAAAAAUAUGCGGAUAAUUAUGAAAGCGUUUCUCGGAUGAUCAAAGAGGCAAUGGAUAAAAAGUUCGGUGCGUCUUGGCAUACAGUUGUCGGCGAAGGCUACGGAUUUGAAAUAACUUAUCAACUUAAACAUCUAUUAUACAUGUACUGUGCUGGAAAUUUAGCGAUAUGCAUAUGGAAAUCGGCAUAGUGAUAUUUACAAAAAUUGAUAUGCAAACAAAUGUACAAAUAGCGUAAUUAUGAUUUUUUAAAAAGACUAUUUCUACGCAAAACGAUUAUUGUUUUAAACAGUGCUGAAACUAUUAACAUAUUGUACAAAUCGUUCUUCAAUAAUCAUUAUUGAUCGUGAACAGGCACAUUUGCAUAUUAAUGUUGAAACACAUUCAGAUAUACAUAAAAAAUUAAAAGAUUUGACUAGAAUUAAAAAAUUUCCCUCAUUACGGUACAUAAAAUAAAAGGCUAAUAAGAAGCGAUUUAUAAUUUUUAUACGAAUGAAGGACUAUACACGUAAAAAGAUGUAAUUAUUGGAAUAUUAAUUUCGGAAAAUUUUAUGACGUUCUAUGAUACGAUGUAGAUCUUAAUAUCCUUCGGUAUUAUUCAAUUAGAUGAAAAAUAUAUUAAUAUAUUAAUAUUGAAAUUUCUUUCGUCGUGAUAUUAUCAUACAAAAUGUAAAAUAUUAUGCAUAAUAUUAUGCUGAAUUAUGUCAUUAUCGUUAUUAUGUAUGUAUGCAUGCAUGCAUGUAUGUACGUACGUAUGUAUGUAUGCGCGUGCGAAUUGUACAUAUACAAAUGCAGCGCGUUGAUAUGCAUAUAAUUUAUUGUAUUUGUUUGUGAUAUUAUUUAUUUGUAUAAAAGUCUUUUGUGGAGUUGCUAUGUAAAAUAUAUGUAAUAUAUGUUAUUGUGUAUAAUAUAAUAUAUAAAUUCUG